AUAAAAAAUAAUUGUAAUUAAUUAUUUCUUCUGUUGUCAUUAUACUGAUAUGACUAUUUGGUCCAAUUAUUAACAUUAUUGCAAAUUUACUUAUACGUGCAUUUCUAAUGAGUAAAUAUCUAUAUUAUUUGCAGAAAUGAUCAUUCAACAUAAUAAUUUUCGACGUAAUCUACUUCCGGAAGAGUCCGACAGACAUUAACGCAAUACCAGUCAUGAAGCCAAUCCUGUACAGAGUCGAGACAUACAUCGUGCCCGGAAACGAGAACUUGUCGGUGAUUAAUGAGCUCGAUGAUCUCAAGAUUGCGAAUAAAUUUAAUAUCAAGGACGAAAGCAUAUUCGAGAAGAAUAUACAAAACGAGGAAGAUGCGUCGCUUGUUUCGCAUAAGAAAUGCGAGGAAUUAGCGAGGUUCUCCGUCGAGAACAGCAAAUUGAUUGGCAUAAAACUCGUGAAAGGUUUAGCAAGCGAAAACGAGACACCACGCGAUGAACACUUCGAUGACGAUAUCGUUAAAUAUUAUAACGACGAGAACUAUUGUCGUUCUAACGAGCGUAUACCGAAAGCGGAGUUUCAAACAUCGAUUGGACCGCAGGAAGCAUUGUAUCCUGCGAGACAAUUCAGCAGAGUCAACAGUUUGAUGUCGAUCGACGAGAGAAGCGAAAGCUCCUUAGACACCAAGGUGAGUGAUUUCUGCCGUCACGGUUACAAGAACGGCUGCACCGCGUCGAUACCGUCGCCCGAGGAGGUCAGUGAAGAGAUCUUCCGAGAGAAUUGGUUGCAGAAAAUCGAGAUCCUGAGGAAUCGCGAAACUAUCCUGAGAGAGCGGGAGAUAAAUCUGCAAAAGAGAGAGAGGGAGCUGUUCAGGAAAGAGAAGGAACUGAGAAUCACGGAGAGGAUUCUCAAUGAUAAAAUGAAGCAGGCUGAUCAACAGCUAAAACACCAAAGAGACACACUAGUGGGACAAAGGCUAGAGAAGGUGGCAAAAAUCUUAUCCGUCGACGUCGAGAAAUCCGAUAAUCUUGCGAAAGAAACAACUCUAAAGAAAGAGGAUGUCCCGAAGAAAGAAGAUAUUCUGAAAAAAGAAAUUCCAAAGACAGAAGAGAUUGCGAUUGCGAGAAAAGAAGAUAUUGCAAGAAAAGAAGAGAUUGCGAGAAAAGAAGAUAUUGCAAGAAAAGAAGAGAUUGCGAGAAAAGAAGAGAUUCUAAGAAAAGCAGAGAUUCCGAAGAAAGCGGAAAUUCCAAAAAAUCCGCAACCUAUCGCCAAUCCGUGCGAGAGAAGAGAAGAAUCUCAUAAAAAGAUGACAGUUCCGAUGCGUUCAAAUUCAUCGUCGAGGAAGUCCCUUUCGAGGCCUCAUUCGUAUGCCAGCAUAAGAUACAAAGAACGACCCAAAAUAAAUUACGACGACAUGAACUCGACAUUGUCAGCCGCCAGCGUAGACACACCCAAUAUGCGGACGUCGGUGCUGUUCGAUCCGACGCAUUACAGGAAGCCAAAUGCGUUCAUGAGGACGACGAGCGAGAGAUGGCCCAGGCAUAAGGAUGUCGCGGGGAGCCUGCAAAGAGUAGUCGAGGAGAGACCCGAGCAUGUGUUCGAGGAUAAAAUCUUCCAGAAGGUCAGUGAUAAUAUAUGCGCUUGGCAGGAGAGGCAGACGAAGUUUCAGAAUUACGGACUCGUGGACUUUCUUCCGAGGGAUGUCCCAAGCAGAACGGAACGUAAUUGCGACAACGAAGACAAGCUAUCCUCGUAUCUUGAUCUGGCAAUCGCCGAGAGGCACAACCGCGGAGAUCUGGUCAGCGUUUCUAAAGACAGACUGACAUCCUGUACCAGCGAAACGAACGAGAGGCUGCAACAGAAGCACCAGGUGUGCAGUUCGAUGAUCAAAUGCUCGGUUGAGAGUAAGGAGAAUGUGUGCAAUACGCGCUGUGUUACCGAGAAGAAGACGAAAAAAAACACUAAGUCGAAAAAAUUCUUUCUGUUUCGUUAGCACGUUCUUGUGGUACUAUUAUUGAUACAUUAUGUAAAACGAGAAUGAUAAUUCGUUCAUAAGAAUCUCUGAACAUUUGUGAUGAUCUCAAUUUAAUAUAAUGUUUUAAAUUUAAUGUACCUAAUUUUUACGCAGCUUUUAUAAGUUUGUGUAUAUAUCGAAUUUAUUAUGCCAGCAAAAUAUUCUGUAUUUUGCUACGAAAUCGCAGUCGGUAGCAAUCAUCCAGUGAUAAAAAGAUACAUCGAUGCGUUGACAGAAAAGAUAUCUCAAACUUAACAAUUUUUCAGGAUACGUAACUAAAAAGUUUCUCUUUAUUACCAACAAUUAUUGCGAAUUUGAUCAGACAAUAAGCGAUACUUCUACGUUUUAAUGGUAAAUUCAAAAGACUACAAGUCUGUCGUUAAAAUAUAUAUAUGUAUAUAUAUAUAUACAUA